CAAGAUCACACCACUACACUCCAGGCUGGGAGACAGAGCGAGAUUCUGUCUCAAAAACAAAAACAAACAAACAAAAAGACCAUUCUGGCCCCAGUGGAGUGCAGUAGGUGAAGGGGAGAGCCCUGGGUGGCGGCUGGUGUAAUUAACCCAGGGAGCUGGGCCUGGACUGAGUCAGCCAGAGGGGAGGCUGAGCGGAAGAAAGGGCUGAGGCAUGGGCAGGUCUUGAAUGUGGGACGGGAAGUCAGGGAGGAACUGUAUUGCACUAGUGGCAGCUGCCUGGCCGGGUUCUCUCCGGCAGACCUCGGACAUGUCUCCAAGGGCCAGAGAAGCCCCUAAGAGUGUCCUCUCCAGCCCUUGAGAGGAAGCCAUCACAGAAAUGCCUCACACCCUGUCCACCCACCAGACCUAGGUGUCCCUCCCGACAGCCAGGGAGGGGUGGGCAGAGGAGGAGUCGGGGCUCAGGAGACAGGUGGCACCCAGGUCCCCCAUCCAUGUGCCCCUGAACUUCCAGCCCUUGCCUGGCCCUUUCUUUCCCUGUCACUUCAUGGGUUCCAGGAGCUAAGAUUCGACCUCUCCCCUCUCUCCCGGAGAGCCCUCCAGAUUCCUCUGGUCUCUUUCUCAGGUAGCCAGCCUCACACCAGAGGACAAAGAGGGUUCUCAUUGUGUGGGUGGAGAAACUGAGGCCCCAAGUAGGCCUGGCUGUGCCCCGGUGCACCAGAGUUUCUCUCCUGGAGGCCAGGAGGGGAAGUGACUUCUCGCCCCUGGGUCAGUGCUCUCUCCCCUCUGGCCUUGACUGAGCACUGCGGAGAAACCAGUCCUUGCUGAGAGGGUGACAGGCCCAGGACACAGGGGCUCCCAGGGCUUCCACGACUAUGGUCAGAGGACAGAUGGCAAAGCUAAUUCUCCAUCCAGAUCAGCCCACACUCCUGCCAGCUCAGGGCCAACCUGUGUCCCCCCAACCCGCUGUGUCCCAUGUUUUCUUGGUAACAAAUGGCAGCUUCCCUUCCUAGAGUGCAGGAAGUUUAGUGGGGACACCAGUAUGGUAAACCAAGGGGCCAGUUGGCAUCUUGGCCUUUGUGGCUGCUUAAUGGGACUCACCGUUUCUACCCCAGAUUGGGCUCUCCUGGACCACAGCUGAGGCCACCAGCUGGGACAAGGCCAAGCCCCCAUUCCAGAUGCUCCACAGCUUGCGCCCGGGAGGCCCAGACCCAGGGCUGGCACCAUCCUGUCCCCAGAUGUCUGGGGCAUCCUGGGGCAGGUUCCCAAGCAUCCUCUGACUUGGAGUAACCUCCCACCGCCAGUACCCACCCAAACACACGCAGCCAGGCCAGGCAGGUUUUGUACCAGGGGACUUUCUGCAGGUGUUUCCUCUCUAUCUCUCAGGAUGGGGCCCCCUGGAUCCCUGCCGUUGGUGUGGUGGAAACUAGAGCCACAUUGGUGGCUGAGCCCUUGUCCUCUGCUGCCCCUGCUACCUCUGAAAUGGGAUCUGCUGUACUUAGGACACAUCUCAAUUGCUCUCGUGUAGCACUGAAACCAGACACUUGAAUGUCUGUCCCUCGGCCAAACCAGGGGCCACAGGAAGGCAGAGGCCAUAUCCUGUGCAUUGCUGUCCCCAGCAGUGUCCCUGGUAUGUGAUGGUGGCAAUAAUGACAACAGCCUGCAUCUCUAGGUAUUUAGCAGGUGGACAAGUGUGCAGGCUCAGGAGCCAGGCCCCUGUGUUCAAUCUUCGGCUGUCCUACCUACUAGCUGUGUGACCUCAGGCAAGUGAUUUAACCUCUCUGUUUCCUCUUCUCAAAAUUGGGAUUGUGAUAGUACCAGCCUCACAGGAUUAUUGUGAGGAUCAAAUGAAUGAAUGCGUAUGAAGCUCUUAGCCCAGUUCCUGGUCCCAGGUGUCAGCACCCGUCCUCCUCCUUAUGAUUAAUUACAUGUUUACUGGGAGCUUGGCACCAAGUCAAAUGCUUUAAAUAAAUUACUCAAUCCAGACAACUCCAUUUCCCAGACAGGGGAACCCAAGGUUCAGAGAGGUUAAGUAAUGUGCCCAAGAUCCAACCAGCUAGUUAGUUACCUUGAGGACUAGGUCCCAAGCCCAGGCAAGCUGAAUUGCACUCCUAGCCCCUGCCCCGCCCAGGCGGCAGGUGUCUGCCUGGUGAGCAGCGCCAGGGGAAUGAAAACAAACAACACAGGUUGGCCCGGGUCUUGGAAACCUCCCUAAAGAAUCACUUGUGUUUUGUUUGAAGGCUCAACCACAGGAAUUACCUCUUGGAGUCUCUGCAUAGGUUCAGUGUUGCUGACCUCCAGCAGGUGAGAGUGUCAUGUUUCCCCCGCCCAGACCUCCAGAGAGACCUCAUUCCCGGAGAAGUCAGCAGGGAAGAUGGGAGGGGUGUCUGUAGUUUACUGAAGACAGCAGUCCGCAGCUUUUCUGCAGCUCAGGGUGGGUUGCCCUGCUGCCCCAGCUUCCUGGGCAGGGACAGAUACCCCCGGCACCCUGGAAUAAACAAGCACUGCAGCAACCCCAGGAUCACAGGAAGAGAGUCUGGAAUACUCCUUUCCCCGGGGGAAGGGUACAGUGGAGUCGGGUCUCAUCUGUGAGUCCCAUUAGCCCUGAGUGACCUCAGUGCCCAUGGGCUGGACGCUGGCACUGCUCAGCCUGACUCAGGGAGGUUUUCUUUUCUUGCCCACUUGGAAACUGGGGCUAGAAGUUCUCCAGGCAGGGUGCCAUGGUGCCUCAGUGCAGGUGCUUGAAAGGCCUGGGGCCUCAGUUUACCAGCCCCUCACAGAUCACAGACAGGGUGUAUGAAGGAUUCCUACUUGCCCUCCGCAGAUUGCAGACGGGAUGUAUGAAGGAUUCCUCAAAGCCCUGAUAGAAUUUGCCUUCCAGCACGUCUACCACUGCGACCUGUGCACCCAGCGCGGCUUCAUCUGCCAGAUCUGCCAGCACCACGACAUCAUCUUCCCCUUUGAGUUUGACACCACAGUCAGGUGUGCCGAGUGCAAGACUAUCUUCCACCAGAGCUGCCAGGCUGUGGUGAAGAAGGGCUGCCCCCACUGUGCCCGCCGGCGCAAGUACCAGGAACAGAACGUCUUCACCUGAUGCCCAUCUGCUGACCCCGUUCUGAAGGCUGGGGGUGAGUGUGGCUCAGCCAUCCCAGCUGGGUUUGCCAUCAGCCCAGGAUACUUACCGUGUCACAGCUGUGUCCCCUUGUCAGGAAGACCCUCAAAUGUGACCAGAGCACUGGCCUCCCAGAGAAAGCCCAGGAGUCCCUCUGAUGUCCCCUGGCCCCCUCACCACCCCUCUGCUGCAGGAGGCGUGGCUACCGCCAGAUGCUCCCUGUCUCCGGGCAGACAGGGCCUUUCACUCACCAGGCCCUGGCUCACCAGCGUCCCGGCACCUCCGUUAGGGCUGCCCAAACACUGUGGAAAGGGGACUUGGGGAGCAUUUUCAAUUCCACAUUCCUGAUUAAAAGGUCUUGUUUUAUAAGGUGAGUUUUUCCCAUUCAUAUUUCAACAGAAAGUAUUUUUUUAUUCUUGACUCUACAUAAGUCACCCAUGAAAUCCGGGCAUUCUCACCCCCAGCGGAUGCACAGGAGUCAUUCAGGCCUGGCCUAGAGGCAGUGGGUGGCUGGCGGGCAGGCCACUGCUGGGACAGGACCCACCCGGUGCCUUUCCUUGGCCUUCAUUGCCAGUGCCAGACCGCCCCUCAGCAGGUCCUGGUGACCCCGCUUCCUCUCUGUCUCCUCUUUACUCCCCACUCUCGCUGGCUGAGCCCACCCCUUUCUCAGCGUCAGAGCCCCUAGCUCUUCUCUAGCCCGGGGCCUUGGCCCCAUUCGGAGAAGGAGAAAUGACUGGAAACCAGCACUGUCAGCACUUUGAGCCCUCCUCGGUUUAGGGAGGGUCGCUGUCUUGCCUACCCCCGAUCCUCCUCUACAGACAGGGGUGCUGCUGCAGAUGCUCCAGGCCUACCUUGGUGGGUGCCCCGGGGUCACACUCUCUGCCUGACUGACCCCUGCCAGGGCACAGACAAGCAGGACCCCAGAGAGGGCAGGCAGCCCGGCCCUGCACUGUGGAGAAGUGACCCAGUCCUUUGCCCUAAGCUGUGCGGGGCUUGCAGGGGAGCUGCCCUGUGGAUGCAGCCGUGGCCUCACAAAGCCAUGAAUUCCCACAGCAUCACUGAACUUGCCCAGCCAGGACGUGGAGACUGAAGAACUUCCCCAGAGCAGGACUGCCUUUGAAGGGGCCUUGGGGCUGGGGUGGGAGCCUGGAAUUGUUUUUGAAGUGAAGUUCAGACCCUCCAGGCUUUGGGGAAAUGUGGGUUUGCUGGUCUGUCUGUCGCCAUCCUCCACCUCUCCUGGACCCAGCAGGCCCUCAGUCCCAGCUGUCUUACCUGCGCUCAGCUUGGAGUCUGAGGCCUCAGUUGGAGAUCUGCCUGUCACUGUCAGAGAUGAGCCCACCCUCACCCCUCCCUGGGGGCGAUCGGCUGCUGAGUCACCCACCCAGCCUUGGAGCUGGAUGCCUGUGCAGCAGAACAGAGGCGGCAGUGGCAGGCAAGUGGAGGCUGCGCACAGCUUUUCCGGGUCAUGGCGCACACCCGUGCCCAGAUGCCAAUGCCUCCUAAGCCGGGAGCUGGGUUAUGCACCUGCCAUGGCCCACAUUAACUCUCCAUCAGAGUUGGCCUCGUCAGAGCCCUCAUUGCCCCAUCCCUGAGUGGGCAGGAGCCUGGCCUGGGGAGGGCUUGGGCCUGUGAGGAUUCUUCCCGAAGGCGCCCUCGGAAACAGACUAAUUCUCAGGGAAAUCAGAUUGCGAUAAAAUGAGAUGGAAACAGACAACAUUCAGAUCUGAGAUUUCCUGUCCUUGAAGGCCCUUUCAGAUUACAAGUUGGCAUCCUCUGCCCAUCUAGGUGCCGCAGCUUCCCCCAAGGACAGUAGAUGGUAGGCCCAGAGAAGAUAAGAGAAACUGGGGGAGGGAGGCCCAGUGGAGGGCCACGGCACGUGACCUGGUUCUGCACUGCCAGUGGGCUCAGCCCUUCUCCAUCCUCAGCAAAGCGCCUCUGAGGGCACUUGUUUCCGCUUCUCCCCAACUUUUUUGUUUGUUUGUUUGUUUUGAGAUGGAAUUACUCUGUUGCCCAGGCUGGCGUGCAGUGGCGUGAUCUCAACUCACUGCAACCUCCACCUCCCAGGUUCAAGCAAUUCUCUUGCCUCAGCCUCAUGAGUAGCUAGGACUUCCCCUUCUCUUCUGCCUGAAGGAGGGGUGGUUUGCAGAUUUCAAUCCAACCCCCAAGAGCUCAUCACAUAAUAUAAGUGUCAUAAUAGCUGAUAUUGGUGGGCGCUGUGGCUCAUGCCUGUAAUCCCAGCAUUUUGGGAGGCCAAGGCAGUCAGAUCAUUUGAGGUCAGGAGUUCAAGACCAGCCUGGCCAACAUAGUGAAACCCCGUCUCUACAAAAAUACAAA